AUGGCACCGGAAGAGAGAAUAAAGAUCAAGAAUAAGGAGAGAAGAAAAGAGCUUUUUGCUGCUUUGAAGAAAGAGAAAAACAAAGCUCGUCACAAACUUCGUGCUGAAAGAGCUAAAGAAGAGCGUGCGAAUCCAGAAUUAAAAGAAGAAAGAUUAGCGCAAAAUGUUCCAGAUACUAUUGAAUCCAAAAGGGUUUUUGAUGAAACUAUUGGUCAAGAGUUUGAAGGUGAAGAUGAUUUCGCCUCAUAUUUUGACGGUCGUGAACCAAAAAUUCUGCUAACCACUAAUGCUAAUGCUAGAAAAGCUGCAUAUGAAUUUGCUGAUAUGUUGAUGGAAUCUUUUCCAAAUGUCACAUUUGUUAAACGUAAAAGGGAAUAUUCAAUGAAGGAAAUUGCAGGGUUCUGUACAAAUAGAGGGUAUACCGACUUGCUAGUGAUAAAUGAAGAUAAGAAAAAUGUUAAUGGUAUAACAUUUAUACAUUUACCAGAAGGUCCUACAUUUUAUUUUUCAAUAACGUCAUUAGUCAAUGGUAAGAAGAUUCAAGGUCAUGGUACUGCUACAGAUCAUAUACCGGAGUUGGUAUUGAACAACUUCAACACAAGAUUAGGUCAAACUGUUGGUAGAUUAUUCCAAUCACUAUUUCCUCAAAAACCUGAGUUUGAAGGAAGAAACGUCGUCACAUUGCAUAACCAAAGAGAUUUUAUCUUUUUCAGAAGACAUAGAUAUAUUUUCAGAAACGAAGAGAAGGUGGGUUUACAAGAAUUGGGUCCUCAAUUCACAUUGAAGUUGAGAAGGGUCCAAAAGGGAAUCAAGAACGAGAUCGAAUGGGAGCACAGACCAGAUAUGGACAGAGACAAAAGAAAAUUUUACUUAUGA